AUGCUUGAGCAAGAAUGGUGGAAGAAUGUGAUUGCAGCGGAUAUCUACACAACUUUAAAACAACGAGAACACGAAAUACCUCAAUUUCAUUGCCAAUCUUUAAAAUUAUGGAGCAGACGACAUCUUGUGGAUUGGUUAUCUGUGAUAGUAGAACAAUUACACAUCGAGUCCAUGGCUCAUCAUUUAGCUGUGUACCUUUUGGAUUAUUUUCUUGACAAAAUGGACGUUGAACAUUGUCAUCUGUAUCUGCUUGCUAUGACCUGUUUAAGAUUAGCAAUCAAAUUUGAAGAAAGCUGUGAUAAAGUGCCAAGACAAGCUACAUUAAAUGCCUUCAUUCCAAAAACUUGUACAACUGCCUUACAUGGAUAUACCUCAGAUGAAUUUCUUAGUAUGGAACUAACAGUGCUUAAAUUUCAUAAAUGGCAACUGGCUGUGCCCACGCCUGCCCAUUUUAUGCCAUAUUUUUUGACAAUUGCUGCCGACGAAGGUGAUUUACAUAACGGUGUGCCUAUUAUUAAUAAACAAAUAAUGACUCAGUAUAUUGAAAAUCAUGCCAAAUAUUUUCUGGAAAUUUCUUUACAAGAUCAUACAUUCCGAGAUUAUAUGCCAUCAUUAAUAGCAGCUUCUUGUAUAGCAGCUGCAAGAAUCUGUUUAUUUCUCUCUCCAACCUGGCCGAAACAUAUGAUGUUAUUAUCAGAUUAUUAUUUAGAAGAAUUAUUACCUUGUUUACAGUUAAUGUUAAGGUAUAUUAUUAGUUAUAUAUCUAUAGUAUAUCAUUAA